ACCUCUCGGCACUUCCUGGUUUUCUCAGAUGGAUGUUAAGGCGGCUGCCAAGCGCUCUGUCAAACAAGUCUAAAGUUGCCCAGACAGGGGAAGGAUGUGCCCGGCGGCGAGGAUACCACGGCCUGACAAAACGCAUUCGCCCUGUGAAGCCAGCCGUACAGAAUGAUCAACGCAGGAGGUGUUUUUUACGGCAGCCGAGCAACAGCAGCAGCAGCAGCGGGGGGAUCGUCAGCCGGGACGCUGGUGUGAAGCGGCGCGUUAGCCGCGGCUGCUAGCAGCGCAGCAGACCUGCUACUGCUAGCAUCCACUUGACGUCGGUCAGCUCGGUUCAAAGUUUGCCUCCAGACCCGAAAACGCGAGAGUCCGAGGGGACAAGAGGGGACGACAUGGAGAACAAGGAGAAGGUGCAGAUGAGGCAUCACCCUCGCAGGCAGCUGAAGAAGUUGAGUGAGGACAGCCUCACCAAGCAGCCAGAGGAAGUCCUUGAUGUCCUAGAGAAGCUGGGUGAAGGGUCCUAUGGGUGCGUCUUUAAGGCCAAUCACAAAGAAACCGGGGAGAUUGUAGCCAUCAAACAAGUUCCCGUAGAGUCGGAUCUUCAGGAAAUCAUCAAAGAAAUCUCCAUCAUGCAGCAGUGUAACAGUCCCCAUGUGGUGCGGUACUAUGGCAGCUACUUCAAAAACAGCGACCUGUGGAUUGUCAUGGAAUAUUGUGGCGGUGGAUCAGUGUCUGAUAUCAUCCGAAUACGUAACAAGACGCUCACAGAAGAAGAGAUUGCCACCGUCAUCCAUUCAACUUUGAAGGGUCUGGAGUAUCUUCACUUCAUGAGGAAGAUCCACAGAGACAUCAAAGCGGGCAACAUCCUGCUGAACACAGAAGGUCAAGCCAAACUGGCCGACUUUGGAGUUGCUGGACAGCUCACAGACACCAUGGCGAAGAGAAACACAGUCAUCGGCACACCGUUCUGGAUGGCUCCAGAGGUCAUCCAGGAGAUCGGCUACAACUGCGUGGCUGACAUCUGGUCGCUGGGAAUUACAGCCAUAGAGAUGGCCGAGGGCAAGCCGCCCUAUGCAGACAUACAUCCAAUGAGGGCGAUCUUCAUGAUUCCAACCAACCCUCCUCCAACGUUUCGAAACCCAGAUCAGUGGUCACCAGACUUUGUAGACUUUGUCAAAAAGUGUUUGGUGAAAAACCCUGAAAACAGGGCGACCGCCACACAGCUGCUCCUGCAUCCAUUUAUCAAAUCAGCCAAACCCAACUCCAUCCUCAGAGCCUUGAUCCAAGACGCCAUGGAGAUCAAGCUAAAGAGACAAGAGGAGGCAGAUCAGAGGGAACAGGAUGCUGAAGAUGAAAACAAUUCGGAUGAGGAUGAGGUCGACCAGGGGACGAUGGUUCGGGCCGGAGCGGAUGAUUGUGGGACGGUCCGGGCUGCUGGCUCGUUAGCAAGCUCGUUUAGCGGUACGAUGAUUGAACACGAGGACACGGGAACCAUGCAGUCGCAGCUUGGCACCAUGGUCAUCAACUCCGAUGAUGAGGAUGAGGAAGAGGCUGGUACUAUGAAAAGGAGAGAUGACACGAUGCAGCAACCCAAGCCGUCCUUCCUGGAGUACUUUGAGCAGAAAGAGGUAAACAAUCACAAUGAUGGAGGACGCCGCGGAGAAAACAAUGCAGAGAACCGCAAACUCCCUGCUGAAGGAGAUCUCGAAGUUGUCGGUACGUGGUCGGUGGAGGAGCUGCGGGUGAGGCUCGCCUCGCUGGAUCCUCAGAUGGAGCAGGAGAUAGAAGAGAUCCAUCAGCGCUACCAGGCCAAGCGGCAGCCCAUCCUCGACGCCAUCGCGGCCAAAAAGCGACUCCAGCAGAACUUCUGAGAAGGGUCUGCGGAGCUCUUUACAGGACAAAUGCAACCGGAUGGUUUCUCCUGUUUAAACUGCUGUUUUGACUGAUGUCUCGUCCAGAUAGCUGGACUUAAAGGAUUUAAUGUAGCUGGAUGUGACGUCUGGGAACCUUUUGGAAGAGGUGGAUCUUUGGGUGGAGAGCAAACUUCCGACACAACGUUGGUUUGCUUUGAGAGAAUCUGCACUCUUCUAGAGCUCCUUCAGUUUGAUGUGAGAGUGGAGUUGAAAGUAAAAGUUUUAGAUCAACAAGUGAUCUGGAUCUGUGAGUUAUUUUCAGCUCAUUUCAAACCUGCACGCUUUUGUCUGGUGCGACAGUGACUUUUCUCAGACCAUCAAGUUCCCUUUUAAGUUUUUAAAUGUUUUUUUUUUUAGGUUUUGUCAGUGGGUACUUUUUAUCGAGGGUUUCCUCUCAGUGCUGGAAAAAUGGUUGCUGCUAAAUGUUUUAGUGUUCCCACCCCAGACUGUGAAAAUCAAGAAAUGAUCAAAUAACUUACUUUCCGCCGAACUUGGAGGUUUUAAAUUAUUAGUUUAGUCCAGCACACGACUGCCUCCUUGGUACACAAGUCGAUCAGUUUACAGGUCAGAGUUUAAUUAGGACCCAAACCAACUUGAGGCCUUCAGGAACAGCCGUAACAAAUUUAACGCCGAGAAGAAAAGAGGCCGGGUUCCUUUUUUAUUCCUCAACCCGGGCAAUAUUUACUCACAUAGUUCAACCUUAGUUUCUUUAAUUCGGUACAUGUUUGUUAUUUUUCCCCUCAGCCCUGAAUGUUAAGCUUGGUGGUUUUAUUCUGCAUAGGAAAAGCUGAACCUGUGUGCCUCGUGACAUCACCGGCUCUGUUCCCUCUGAUUUGUUGUUUUUAAAGAGACCAACUGCAAAAAUCUUACAGAAAGGAAGCAGCAAGAGUUUAGGUUUUUCUUUUUUUUUUUUCACAUUAUGCUUCAUAGCCCAAUAAUGAUGGUGAAGUUGCCUUCUUCUCCCUAAAAAUGCUCAUUUCUUUCUUUUAUUAAGUGCCGCUGGUGCAGGCCCAUAGUUUAUCUUGUAGAAUUAUGCUUCUGAUGCGUUUAACUUAAUGGAUCCAAACUGGACAUCUGAGUUUUGACCCGACUGCAACCAUUAGUGUUACCCCUCCAUUUUCCUCUCGUUCCUUUUCCAUAACAGCAGCCUCCCUCUGGGACUCUCUGCUCCUGGGUCAGAUUUAUGUUCUGGAUAUCUUUGCAUCUUUAUGUCUGAACUGUUUGUUUGUCCGCUGUUGCCUUAGUAGACGUUCCUUCCCCGUGAAUCUAAAGAGUGAUCUGGGGAUCAGUUAAGACCAGAAAAAACGCAAACUAUUUAAAAGCACAAAACUAUAUUUAGAGUUAUGCCAGUGAUAUGAAGCUGGGUUUAGAGCACACUGCAAACGGAGAUGGGGCAUUUUUUUUAAGGUUUCCCACUGUUUUUGAGGCAUUUUAACUGCUUACAGUAAUUUAAAUUUAUUAGUCCAUUUUUCAAGGCCUUGGAAGACUUGUUUACACUUUUAUGAUUGCAGUGUUUGAAAGUAUUUACACGUCUUUAUGCAUCACAUUAGAAUUUUAAAUGAGGAGAAUUGAAAGCAGAGAGGAGCCGGUUUUGUUUGCUUUCAUUUCAUUUGGCUCUUGAUUAGUGGCUCGUUGGGAAAUUAAACUUGAUUUAGUGACAAGUCUAUAAGUUUUGGAUGUACUGACCUUAAGGUACAGAUGUGGAUUUGAAUGUUUGACAAUAAUUUGAGGUUUAUGGUUUUGGUGUUUAGCGUAAAAUAAUGUUUGAAGGGAGUUUAAUGUGAUAUUUUUGCCUUGUUUUCAUCACCAGAGCCCUUAAUGUUCUAAUUUUAACCUUUCUUUUCUACGACGUAUUGUAAUUCCAAACUGACCUUGAAAAUGGCAAUUAGACAAAUUUAUUGGAACAGAUUUAACGAGGAUACUUUUAUCUACUUCAAAACAAGUUUAAAGCGGUGCCAAAAGGCCUCAGUCCCGCUCUGAUCCAGCUCUACGUGCAUCAUUCCUAAGAAUCGCCAGCAUUUUCAGACAUAUCUGCUUCUCAUCCAGCACAAAUGGGCGGGGGGGGGGGGGAGACGUAAACAAAGGGAGCGAGUAUAUUUUUGUUACAUAGGUUUAGCGUUUGACACAGAAAGGAAGGACGCCUUUGGUCACUGUGUCAGAGUAAAACGAGCUUCUCAGGUCAUGAAACUCCUCAGGGGUGUAAAAUAAUGACGAUGAGAAAACUGCUGUAGAUAUUCAGGAGCGCUCCACGCAGAGCGAGCGUCUGUGAGUACUGUAUGAGAAACUUUGGGCCGCGCGCUUGUUGUGAGUCGGCUGGACUGCAGAGGAGAUCCCUUCGGCCGAAUGCUGUAAUUAACUGAGCCUGUUCUGUGGAUGCCAUGAAUCUCUCUAAUAACUCGUCUUCUGUAUUUACAAGCUAAAGGGAUUCUUAUUUUAAGCUGUGGUUUUACACUGAAUGCACUGUUUUUUUUUGUGACCGGCUGUCACCUCCUCGUAACGGACAGCACAGAAAAGGGACAAACCCUGAAAACGACAGUGAUGUCGAAUCGGAUGAAUAAUCUGCUGGGUUCUGCUGAAACGUUUAUGAAAUAAAGUCAAAAUCCACUGGAAACGUCGCUGACGGGAAGCUCGUCGCAAUGUCAACCAAAGUUUUGUUUCUGUCUUGUUUGAAAAGCAACUGUUGGACUUUUGAAAGAGCAGGGAGGUCAGAUAUGCCUCAGCAGGAAUCUGCAGCUCCACAAAAGCAUUUUUUUUGUUUGUAACAGCAGUAAACUUUGAGUCUGUUGGAAGAAAAAAAAAAAUACUUUAAGUGAAGCAGAUUGUGGGUAGUUUAAUUUCUGUUAUUUAAAUUAUUUACAUACAUUAGGUGUACUAUUGGAACUAAUCAUGCAAAGUGUAAAUCCUGCUGAAACAGUUUCUCAAGUGUUACCGCUGUUCUGGGAAUAAGUUUCUUUUUUUUUUUUUUUUCCUUUUUUGGUUUUUCAGUUUUGUAUGGCUUUUCAUCAACAUGCAGUGUUUUUAUAUUCAUGGAAAACUUAAUAAACGUUUAAGCAACAGACUUAAAUUGUGGAUAGAUGUAGGAUUUAUUAGAAAGUAUUAUGCCUCUGAUAGCGGCGUUUUGGUUCAUUCACCUUUUAUCUCACAGAAGUGAAUAAAUCGGAGGGGUUUAGAAGUUAUUGCCUUUUACUUUUCAGUCUCUAAGUACAAAACUGCUUGUCUGCAUGUGAGUUUACUCGUCACUCUCCGAGGUGUAUUUGCCUUAAAUUUACAGCAUGCAGUACAAGUCGAGCAUAUGUUGCGCUCAGAGGCAUUUGCUUUGUGUUUUAUUUGUUUGCUUCUUUAUUAAAGACAAACUAAACAUG